CACGAUUCUUGGCCGACGCGGUUCUCCGGCCAGUUUGCGUGCUGAGCGUGGCGCGCUCGGUUGCUUACUUCUCGUAUCCUCGACAACCUUCAGAUCGCCGGGAUAUCUAUAUUCAAACCGUAUAAAACCGGGUCCUAUAUACGUUGCCAAAAAAAAUCGCGAACCAGUUGAAUUUGUCUUAAGCCAGAGAAUUUCUCCGAACGAGACUCUAAUUACUGUUAUAACAUUGAAAUGUAACAGAAUCGUGUAGUUGCAAUUGUCAAGUAUGCAUCGUAACUUUCCUCUCCUAAAAUGACGCAUUUAGAAGUCGCAUUUAAAAACGGAAGAAAAGAAAAUUAAUAAAGAAAAUUAAUAACAGGAAAUUGUUUUGUAAAAUAGAAAAAAGUAAAUAAUAUAAAAUGUGUAUUAGCUCAAGCGUUGAAUAUCACCAUUUUUCAAGUCCAAAUUGCAAAAUCUUCAACCGGAUGAUUCAUGGAACGCAAUUGAACACGUAAUUUGACUGUCGCGACUUAAUCUUGCAUUUUCGCUCUGGUGGACAGUAAGUAAGGAAUCAGGGAUCCUUUGGUGGAGGGGAAAUGGAAGAGGCAGAGGAGACAGAGAAUCGACGACGAAAACGGCGAAGACGACGAAGACGCGAAUGGGAAGAGGCUUGAGAACACCGGAUAAUGGCUGCCUCUCGCGUCGAUCUGGAAAUCGGCGACGAUCGGACGACAACCAAUAAGUCAUCGCUCCCCUGUGAAUCUCUGACUUCGGAGGAUACAAGUGACACCAGCGAUAUCGAGAGAAAGCGAAGGAUUGCGAAUAAAAAUGACGGAAUGAGAGGACUCGUCGUCGUGGAGGACCAUCGCAGGACAUCCAGCGAGGACGUCCAAGGACAAAAUUUGACGGUUCACGAACGUCCAGAUAGAAACAGAUCGCUUUUCGCUCAAGAUAGAAGGAGCAAAAGUACGAGAACCACAGAACUUGCUGACAAACCGAAAAGUUCGCGGCAGCAUGACGCAUACAAGUUUCCCACUGAGCACAAACGGCUCAGCGUAAACUUCAGGCCCGAUAACUCAAUACAGAUUAAGAAACAGAGGGUCGCGAAGUCGAAGAAGAAGCCGGAGAACACACAGACAUCGAUCUCUGGGGUCAUCUAUAAAUUAGUAGGAUCGACCAGGCAGCGUGGAUCGAAAGAGAACGUUGGUAAAAAAGAUCGACGCGAACUUUCACCGCGAUAUAGACCACGGAAUCAUGCGAAUUUGAUCGUUGAUACGGCGGAAGGUACAAUUGAGAGAAGGUCUCGAGCAGAAGUGCCUCGGAAACUCGCCGAUUCUCCGAAAGACAGACCAAUAGUAAAAGGGCGCGAGGACAUCGAUAGGAGGGUAACUCGAUCAUCCACGAGCCAGGAAAGUCCUCGUGUCAGUGAACCGCGAUCCUCCAACGACGUGACGCCUAUUCGUAAAGUCGGAAAACACGUUGGCCAAACUAAGUGUCCAAAUUGUGAUGAACUGCAUCUUUCUUACGAAAAGUCUUAUCUGCCUAAAUAUUCCGGAUUUUUAGAGUGUGAAGGACUAACGUACGAAGAGAACUACCUAAAGGAGGCGAAUGGAAAGAAAUCAAAGCACGAGACCCCUGUUGCAUCGUUGCUAUAUCACAGCAGGUCUUUGCCACGAUUAUCUGUACACGACAGCGGUGUCGCGUGCAGUGGAAACGAACAAUCGCCUGCCGCCGGGCACGCGCACAAUUCCAAACAAUUGCUGACUGAUUUAAAGCAAUUGCAUACUUUGAAACAACAUUAUUAUCCGGAGGGAGGCUGGGGAUGGGUCGUGAUGUUUGUUGGCAUGCUGGUGCAGAUGCUGUCCUAUGGAGUACAUGGGGCCAGUGGCAUCUUCCUGCAGCAGGUGGCUGACAAGUUUGCCCACGCUGUGUACUGGGAGUCAGGGUGGCUGGGAGCAAUGUCUACGGGAGUGGCUUUGCUAGUUUCACCCGUAACAAUAGCGUUCUGCCGGAGGAAAAGUACAAGACUCACCGCGGUUUUGGGUGGCCUCAUUACAGCACUCGGUUGCCUUUUCACUUCUUUUGCCUCGCAGUUCCAUCAGUUGUUCUUCAGCUACGGUACAGUUGUCGGUAUAGGGGUUGGCAUGACGAGGGACUGUAGCACGCUGAUGGUGGCGCAAUAUUUUAAGAGGAGAAGAGAACUGGUUGAGAUUUUCAUCGUAUCCGGAAGUGGCCUUGGUAUCGCUGUAAUGUCGGCUUUCAUAAAGGGAAUGAUUAGCAAAAUUGGUUGGCGCUUAGGACUUCAGGCAGUUACGGGUGUCGUUUUCCUGACAUUCAUCCUGGGUACCUUUUAUCGAAGCGCAUCCCUGUAUCAUCCACAACGUAGAGCCAUUUUACAUUUGAAAAAUCAAAAACGUAAAAUUAAAGAUAAAAACAAGACAGACGACGGACCACCGUUCUUUGACUUCAGUACGCUGAAGAGCAAAACAGUAAGAAUAUUGCUGAUGUCCACUGGAAUAUCUGCCUUCGGGAUCAACACCCCGAUAUUUUACUUGGCACAUCAGGCCGAGGAAGAAGGUCUUGGUGACACAGUGAUCCUACUUCAGGCUUACCUCGGUUUGGCCUGGACCCUCGGCUGUGUCACCUUUGGCCUUUUAGUCGUGCGUCGCAGCGUCGAAUGCAGGAUAGCGCGUCAGUAUCUUACGCAAGCAGCGAUAUUUGUAUGCGGAUUGUGCAUUUUGGCCCUCACUGCCGUUCAAGGAAAUUAUCAUGGAUAUGUGCUGUUCGCCUGGAUUUACGGCAUCUUCUGUGGUGGUUACCACUACAGUCUCAAAAUGUACACCUAUGAGAGAGUCAGAGCAAGAAAUUUCGCAAGAACGUGGGGUUUCGUGCAAUGUUCCCAAGCUAUACCAAUAGCAAUUGGAGUUCCAAUUUCAGGAUACAUGAACAUUAACUACGGUGGGAAGGCUGGUUACUACUUCAGCUCGACCUGUGUUCUAGUAGGCAGUUUCACUCUCUUCUUCAUAGACCUUCACAGAAGAAAUUUAUCGAGGCAUAAACACAUAAGAUCUAACGGAACUAAGCACCUCUGCGUUUCGGAUAAUUGUCCACAACGCCGAAAAUUGUCGUUCAGCCAGGAACCAGAUAACGAUGGUCCACAUGUGGCUGCUGCAGGAGCUGCUGCGGCUGCUCUUGUACUUGGAACUGAGAUUGCACCAAAUCCAGGUGAAUUGAUCGACGGCCUUACCCCGGAGAAGCCAGAAUUGACGUGUAUCUCCGAGGAGGGAAUUGCGGACAUGGAUCUUCCUGACAACAUGCUUGAGGACCUUGAUUACAUCGGAGACUGUAUAACCUCGUGCAACAAGGUCGAGAAUUAUCUAAUGCUGUCAGAAUUCGAGAACAAUCUGAUAGCUGAAAUGCCGAUUAUCACGGAUCGUCGAGGACGAAGAUGGUCCCUGGCUCGUUCAAAGGGUGGUCAAUCGAAUUUGGAUCGAUCCCCAGGGCCUCAACCGACUAACGAAGAGACCGAUCCCAAGCCCAAGUGGCACGUGACAAAUGUGCCUCCUGCUAAUAGAGUGAUCACAGUGAUUGACGAGGCAAGCACGUAACUCGAUCACCAAAAUCCAAGAAGCUGUUAAUACUCUCUAAGGAUACUUCUGAAUGAAAUUUUACGACUUUUUCGAUGUAAAUGGAUACUUAAAUUGCUUUUUUUAAAA